GUGCACCCCAUUUUUUCACCUUUUUUCAUCAACACUUCAAAAGCAAAUUUUCAUCUCAUCGCGUUUUCGCCUCGGCUAGUGAUCGGAAUUCCGUUGUGAAAUUUUGUGCUGAAAUUGUCGCUUCCUGGCCGUGCUAAAGCGUUGGAAAGCUUGCGGAAAACCAACCCCGAGAAGUUAUUCUUUGCUGAACACGUUUGAUUUUUAACCAGCAACCACGGAUUGCAGAAAAAAGACCGUCAGAAUGGCGUCCUAUCAGAUAGCGAAUUUACUUGAAAAGAUGACAUCAAAUGACAAGGACUUUCGGUUCAUGGCAACGAACGAUCUGAUGACGGAACUGCAAAAGGAUAGUAUCAAGCUGGACGAUGAAUCGGAGAAGAAAGUCGUUCGUAUGGUGCUCCGUUUACUCGAAGAUAAAAAUGGGGAGGUGCAGAACCUGGCCGUAAAAUGUUUGGGACCGCUGGUGAACAAAGUGAAGGAAAACCAGGUCGAAACUAUUGUUGACUCGCUGUGUGACAACAUGGUUUCAGAUAACGAACAACUGCGCGAUAUUUCGAGCAUUGGACUAAAAACUGUCAUAUCGGAACUACCACAGUCGUCGAACUCAUUGGUGCCGAACGUUUGCCAACGGAUAACUGGUAAAUUGAGCAAUGCAAUCGAGAUAGAAGAUGUGUCUGUUCAGUUAGAAGCUCUCGAUAUACUGUCAGAUCUGUUGUCUCGUUUCGGUGACCUGUUGGUACCUUUCCAUGAGCUGAUCUUGAAAGCGCUCGUACCGCAUCUAGGAUCGGCUCGGCAGGCCGUCCGUAAACGUACAAUUGUUGCACUCUCGCAUUUGCUGACCACAUGUAAUACAAACGUAUACAAAAGAGUCAUAGAAUAUCUGCUCACUGGAUUGGAAAAACCACAGAACCAAAGAAUGGUUCGUACAUACAUUCAGUGUUUGGCAGCUAUCUGUCGUCAGACAGGACAUCGCCUUUGCAAUCAUAUCGAGCGUGUCAUGUUUCUAUUGAAUCAAUACAGUCAUCAGGAUGAUGACGAGCUACGUGAGUUUUGUUUGCAGGCUUGUGAAGCUUUUGUGCAACGAUGCCCAGAAGCUAUAGUGCCCCAUAUUCCAUCGAUUGUAGAUCUAUGUUUGAAGUAUAUCACGUACGAUCCAAAUUACAACUACGAAGCAGAUGAUGGUGACGGUGGCGUUGCAAUGGACAUGGAAGACGAUGACGAUAUCGACAGUGAAGAAUACAGCGAUGACGAUGAUAUGAGCUGGAAGGUACGACGAUCGGCUGCCAAGUGUUUGGAAUCAGUCAUUUCAACCCGACAUGAGCUACUGGAAGACUUCUACAAAACGCUCUCACCAGCACUCAUUGCACGUUUCAAAGAACGUGAAGAAAAUGUCAAAUCGGACAUUUUCCAUGCUUAUAUUGCGCUGCUGAAAUCGACCCGGCCCAUAGGUGAGGAUAUCGGCCACGAUCCGGACUCCAUGGAACAGGUACCCAGUUCGAUCACCAUGCUCCAGGAUCAGGUACCGGUGAUCAUCAAAGCUGUGCAACCUUUGAUGCGUGAAAAAUCUGUGAAAAUUCGACAGGAUUGUUUCCUACUUCUGCGUGAGCUAUUGAACGCUCUCCCUGGAGCACUAUCGAAUCAUAUAGAUCAGUUAAUGGGUGGCAUCAAUUAUUCAUUGAACGAUAAGAACUCCACGUCCAAUAUGAAAAUUGAUGCUCUCGGUUUUGUUUACUGCAUGCUCGGUGGACAUAACCCUCAGGUGUUCCACCCUCACAUCAAAACGUUGGUUCCUCUGGUCCGAUUUUAA